GGAACAUGUCGAAGUUGAAGUUAUGGUGUAAACGAAGAUACAGCGACUUUGUAACUCGAUCAAGAAACGCAGGAAUUCUUUUAAUUUAUUACACAAAUCUUUGGAGAUACAACUCACAGAAGGCUUUAGAAGCCUUUCUCCAUGGGCAACCACAGCAACAAGCGCCAGUACCUUUUAUGAUCACCAGAAAGAUGAGGAAAUCACUUGCAUCACUAGGUUACACUGAGCAAGACAUUGAUAGAAUGACUCCCAGCGAAGCCAGUGAUAAAGUUAGCUGUGGUGUACAAAACUCAUCACAAGCAUCAGGGACGAAGCAAGUUAAAACGGAGGACCAAUCAAGAGAUGUUAAAUGACAUAUCAUCUCGGCGAAGCCCUGGUUAAAGUUAUUCAGAGGAUCACAUCAGAUGCUACUUCAAAUAAGUUACCUGAAUAGCUUCAAGUAACUAUUUCGUCCAAGUUGUUACCCUCGUCUUAGUUUUGGAGUAUCGAGAAAUUCAAAAUAAAAGUUGGUGAAAUUUCCGUGACCAGGAACCACUCUGGGCUGUGGAAAAAGAGAAAAUGAAUUAGAAUUUGAAUCUGAAUUUUGCAAUUUCUCUCAUGUUGAUCUAAGAAAGAACACUUUGAACGUAAACUAAAAGCCCUGUGAUCAUCAGCUUGAUUAAAAGUUCAUAUCAAGGUAGGCCAUC